AUGAGUGAUUUGUUGGAUGAAGAUUUAGAAUUUCGUGUUGGCACAUUACAGUUGUCUACGGACAAUGCUAAUGCAGAUAGUCGACGAGAUAAUGCGUCAGAAUCCAAUAAAAAUAAAAACCAGCUAAAUGCGAAUUCUUCCGUAUUAUCAGGCGCUGAUUCGCUUUCAUCAUCCACGACUUCAUUUGCAGAUGCAAGAACAGAGGGUACAGUAAAUUCAAGAGCAGCAAAUGAGGAACCAGAAAGGACUGUUUACCCUCGAUAUGAUAUGCCUUUCAAUAGAGAAAAUAUUAAGGAUUUCUUUACAUUCCGCAAGGGUGUUGUGGAGAAUGCAAUUCAAGAUUGCAUCACAGCUCUUUUAUUUCCUGAAGACGGAGAGUAUUUGGGGUCCUGGUUGCUUACAGAAAUAACGCUGUGGGAUAACGAAAAAGAAAGGAUUGUCCUACUGACAUCAAGGCUGGUUAUGACAAUUAAGUAUGAUUUCAUAGCAAUGAAGCAGUUAGAUUUUAAAAAGACUUAUUUAGACGAUUUGGACACCAUAGUUAUAGGAGAACUGGUUUAUCCACCUUCUUCACUAGUACCCCGAAUUAAUGGCAUCGCAACGGGUGUGACAACUGUCGUCAAAGAUUGCGUCAUAGAUCGUCUGUGCGGACGUCCCAGUGGCAACAACGGCGAGGCAAAACUGUUCGAUACCAAGUAUUUUGAACCUAGAGAACGAAACCUUCGCGGAGUCCGACUGAUGUGGAACAAGGGCGAGCCACUUUCUCUAAGGACUGCAUGGAAUCCUUUCAGCCAGGACGUUCCUUUUAUCACUUUUGCAUCGCAUCCUAUUUAUUGGCAUAAAGAAGGCAGUGUUGAAGCGAGGUCCAUGUAUGAUAUGGAGACCUUCGCUCAAAAGCUCCAAAGGGCCAUCGAAUCAAUGCCAUCCUCAGCCUGCUGUAUACAUCACUCCCCCAUUGUCAUACAAAGCUACUUAGGAGUUACUUCAAUGCUUCACAAUAAGACUAGCCUGGGGUUCUUCAAAGUACGAGGGAAAUUUAGUUUUUAA